UCUAGACUUCGUCAUCAACCAUGUGUUCAUGCCUCCCAAGUUGCCCCAAGAGGCGGAUGAGAGUCCGGAGCGCAUAGAUUUUCUUUUGUCAACUAUUCGCAAGAGCAUGAAGCUUUACAGACAGCAGCAUGCUGCGCCUGAGCACCAAGCAUUGUGGGAUUCAUUAUUGAAAAUGGUGGGUACAUUGCGACGAAUCAACAUUGACCCCGAGGUUGGAAUCAGCGAAUGCAUCAAAAGAAGGAACACUGGAGAUACAAUCGCCAUUUUUGUCCAUGCUCAAAACGCGGGUGUGAUCAUCCGUUGUGGUGAGGAGGAAACAAUUUUCGAAAUUUUCGAAGCAUCACCGAUGAAUACAGCCGUGAUGCGCUGCACAGGGAAGCUUAUCCGCUCCUUUCCUGGACCUGCAAUUGCCCUUCGAAACAAUGUUAUGCAGGAUCCGGAUUUUCUAGAAGAAUUGGCCGCAUUCCUAACCCAGAUGUACGGUGGCCAACGUGAGGAUGAGGGCAUGGUGGGCGGUGAUCAACUGCUGGACGAGGACAUAGUAGAUCACGAUUAUUUGCAAGAUGAGGACACAAUGAAUGGCGAUCAGCUGCGGGAAGAGGGCACUAUGGACGGCGAUCCACCGCUGGAUGAAGACACAAUGGACAGCGAUCCAUGGGAACGUGAGAACGGCACAUUCGCAUUCGCGCCCCGAUGGCGAUGGGGUUCCACGGAUAGGCGCACAACCCAUCCGAAGUACAUCACUGAAUUGCUGACCGGGAUACUCCGUGGACUAGGAGAGCCUGCCGACAUUCCUCGCAUCCAGAAGAGGACAUCGGACGAUGUUUUGCAGCAUGCGGAUGAUAUUGUCCCAUGGAGGCGCAGCUCCCUCUGGCUCGUUGUCCGUGUUGCCUUGCAAACUACGAUUCACCGAGGCACUUCGAACAUGAACGAAUACAAGUCUUUUAUGAUACUCUUUCUGGCCGAGAUUCUGCGGAGCGGUGUUGAGAACCGCUUACCGGGACAUAUCCUCUAUUGCAUGCGUGCCAAACUCAGCCGCCGACUCUUUAAAAUCCGAUCAUGGGCAGCUCCGUCUCUGGUCACACUUGCCCACGAGGUUGCGCUUGAUACUGAAGAACUGCUCCAAGAUCGAUGGAAGAGCAUUCAGGAUGCACACGUGCGGGCAGCCAAGUGGGCACCAAACGAGCUAGAUGUUAUUGGGGACACUAGCCUCAACUUGAAAAAUUGCAGGUCUUACAUCAGUGCUGCUCUCGUCCCGGGGAUUCCCGCCGAUCCUAAUGCUGCAUUCCAAUCACAUCAUCCACGAUUAUUCAAUAAUCUCUUUGACGACGAACCCGGGGUUUUUUCGGCAGCAGUAAAAGCCAAUGGAUUUGUUGCGCUUUGGGAUUUUGAGCGUUGCGUAAAAAAUCACAUUGACGAAUGGGUAUCUCGGCAAAUCUCCGACCACAACUGCGAAAGUGCUUGCGACUUAAUUUCUCAUUACAUGACGACAUACGCCGACGAGGCCGGGGAUUUGUACAAAGGGGCACCAGCGGAACAGUCCAUUAUGCUCCUCACGCUUUUUGAGUUGUGGAUGGCACUCGACAUUUUGGCAGCGACUAUCUGUCCCCUCUUGAAGGAUUAUUCGCCUGAGGUUCCACUGACUCUAUAUGAGGGCCUCCUGCUUUCGAAAGCCGAGCCGUUGGAACGCAUCUCGAGGAUCCAGGCGUACCUGCGCAAGCGGUAUCACGAAGCUGGCAGUGACCCUCGGUCGGUCUUCUCAGAAGUUGUUGAUGCGGAAACCUUCGCAGUCAGAUUUUUCGAUUCGUCCCCGUCGCUCCAGGAUCUUAAGCGCACCAUAGAGCAGCAAGCGAUGACGAGUCAAAAACUUCGCGAGCUUCAUUUGCUGAAACUUGAAAAUAAGAAAAUAAAAGAACGAGCAGGCUCUCACACUGUGGAUCGUAUGAGGUCCAGGCACGACCCGGAGUCUUGCGAAGAAUGUUAUUUCAAAUGGUCUGCAAGAGCCCUGAGGACAGUUAUUCGCGAAUGGCCUCUACCGCAAGAACCAGUGCGAGCCAAAAUCAUUGUGUUUGAACGGGCAGUUCCUAGGGGUUUCAAGACUUGGAGGGAGACGACUUAUUGGCUUCUCCGUGACAUCUGUGCGUCGAAGGAAGGAAGGACAUUUACCACGGGGGAAUCGUAUAUCCGCUCAGGCUUACGGAAGUCCCCCUUUGGUGAAGAACGUCGCGUCCCAAAUUCUCAACAACGAAUAUCGUUAGCACCGGAGGUGGAAAUCCCAGACAAGGAAGGCGGUGUCUCUCGCACGUAUACAUCUUCCUGUCGGCUGUGGGACAACAAACAUCGCAGAUGGAUAUAUCCUCCAUCUGGUUACUGCGAUCUGAGCGACAGAACAUUCAUGCGGAUACCAAAAAGGUCUCCAUAUGCUUCCUUAGAACGCUUUGCGUUGGGAACAUCCCACACUUCGAACGAAGUUCUUGCGAGUCAACAUAAAUGUCCCUCUUCGCUUAGCCUACGCAGUUUCGUCGCCUUCGGUUCGUUGCGCGCUGGAGCCCGGUUGCAAUGGUGCAAUAUUGCCCGAGAGAUUCCCUCCGGAAAUUUAAGUUUUCAGUGUGAGGAGGUGUAUGACCUCAUCUCUCAGGCUGUGUGCCAAGUCGGAUGCCUUUCCGGUGAUGGUAUUUGGGAAUGUCACCAGGUUUUACAAGAGGUACCAUUCGGUAACAUGUUGUUGGACGUCCUUGAACAGCUGGGGGCGGAUAUAGAGGGGAACUGGCGCCAGGGUAUUACAGCACUGACUAUCACUACACUAGCUUCUCGACUGCUGGUCUCGGCUGUGGCACAGCCAAUCACCAAUAGAACGUACAAACUACUCCAGAAGAUACGAGACACCACUUUGCGCUGGUUGCACGAACUUCUGGCACUUCAAUCACACGCUGAAACCGAAACUGAACGGGGGAGAUCUCGGCGAGCAAUAUGUCAAAUAGCUGCGGUUUGUAGGAGCUCAUUUGAUGUCGAUGCGUGCCAUGCUGGCGAACUCCUUCGAACUCCGGAAGACGUUGCCAUAUUCAUUGAAUGUGCUAUCAUCCUUUGUAGCCACUCUCCCCAAGAAACCCUUACUAAGGCAGACCCUCAUUUGCACCAGUUGCUUCUCCGAGACAAGCGCCUGUCCUGCAGGAUGGAAGAACUUCUUGCAAUAUCAGCUGUUUGGAAUGGUAUCGAUCCAACGUGUAGCUGGACAAGGCGACCAAGACCUAACGACUGUUGGUUGACCACUGCCGUAGAUGGUCAAAGGACACAAAACGUUCAUUUCAACGUAUUAAGUGGCGCUUUGCUCAUUGAUGGAAAACCACCUGGUUGGUUGCCAUCUGACAUCCGUGGGCAUUCGAUAUACAAAGAACUCUUUGGUGCAAGAAGCCCGGAAGUUGUUUCAUCGGAUAUGGAAGACAUGGACUAUGUUAGCAAGGCUCACAUGUUCUACGAGUCUCAGCUCGAAACCAAGGAUACUGAUGAGACAAUUCACUUUGGGUGGCGAGAUGGAAGGCUCAUUGUACGAAGCAGAUCCCUUGCGCUUGAUGGGAAAAGCUGUCGGAUCUUGGAAUUGUUACCACGUGAAAUCUUUGAAGGGGAUCUGCCAUCUAUCCUAGUGAAGGAAUAUUUUCAUUGGAUGGAGUUAUCUACUUGUCAGAUUGAGCUGCGGCCUAAGAAGACACCUUGGACAUCCUCCCAAUCGAACUGGCACCUCCGUCGUACUGCAUGCUCCACAUGGGUCAUGGAUAAAGGGACCUCUGUCAGGCUAGUUGACUGUCAAAGCCGCACGGCCGAGAUGAUUCAUGCUAUCCUUCGUCUACUUGAACCUGAAAGUAACAUUCUUAUCACAAUGGCAAGGUCGUCGAUGCAAGAAUUGCGCAUCGAUAUUCCCCGGCUCCAGCUCUCCUUCACCCUGAAAGGCGGAAGGCUGCAUUCAUUAAACUUUCCGGGUUUCGAAGUAGAUAGUAGUAAUCAAUCAACAGGCACAAUGCUAGGCCUCCACAGUCAGUUGGUUUUGCGCCGCAGCGGGGAUCUCGCUCCUGGCGUGGAGCUUAAUUAUUCGAGGCGCGUCAUAAUCCCGACGGGGGAUGUGUCUAUCGCAAGUGACGGAGACCACGUCACGGUAACGAUUAAUAAUUCGGGAUCGUUGCACGUCAAAUAUUGUGAUUAUGACGUUGAUGUCUUACUGGGUCGUCUGGUUGGAGAUGGGAGCUUGUUCAGCACAUUAUUCCAGUCACUUCUUCAUGCCGUUACUAGUUACUGCUUGCCUGAUCCUCUUACGUCGUUGCCAGGAGUCGAGGAAGCGAUCCAAAUCCUUGGAUCAGCACGUUGCAAAUCGUUCCAAAGUCUUGGUGACUGGGAGCGGCAGCUUCUGCGUCGGCUAUCGGCGUUAACGCCAUCAAGGAUUCGGGAACCGCCCGAUGAACCGCCCGAUGAGUGGGCCGAUAAACGGCGUCGGGUAUGGGAACGGGGACGGGAACGGGAACGGGAACGGAGGCGGCAUUUAGAACGGCUUUGGGAGGAUGGUAUUGGAGGGGCCGUUUGGAAUAACGCACUUAGUCCGCUUGUCCAACACGGUGCCUUUUGGGAUGAGGCCUGGUCUAUUUUCAAAUGGGUUGAUGAAAUGCGUGUCUUUGACCCUUCCAUACGUUUUGGAAAAUUGGAAACUGAUUGGAGAAAAUUACACCUGCUUUCCCGUGCUAGAUGUCGCAAUGCAGUCUGGUACGGCCCUGAUCUUCCACGGGGCCUGCGGGGUGAAGACGUGAUAUACGAAUCUAGGGACGCUGACACAGGACUCAAUACUACUCGUAUUCGUGCCGCAUCGAAUGCCUCUAGCCUGGUGUACCAUUGUCCUCUUCGGCUAAAGACCCCCAAUGCCCUUUUGUCUCACAUGGAAUCGUGGACGGAGGACAUUAGAGGCUCUUCCCCCAAUCACUUGUCGGAUGUGCGUUUGGGAUUUAGCAAGGAAUGGCUGUCCCUGAGCAUGCCACACAAAUGGAUUCCUUUGUACAAUGCCUGUCGAACGGAGGGUUGGGGAAACCAUACUCGUUUCAAACUGUUGUUUAGUCUUUCGGCACUGGGCUACUCUAAUCCUUCACUCGAGAACUUGGUCCCUGCUCUACUUGCAUUCACAUGCUUCCCCGAGUUCCGUUCCAUUGACCCACCGUUGUGGCCUGAAUACGAUUUGCACAUGGGCUACAAACCAAAUGCACCCCAACUCUAUGACAUCAUUACGGCACCGAUCCGUCCAGGCAAAUUGAGUCGCCGAGCAUCUUCUCAAGUUUCUUUUCUUGUCAAAAAAUUAAUCGCUCAAUGGGAUCAUGAACCUACAGGAGCGCCAACAUUACCAAGUCUGCCGGAUGGCGAUGUGUGGCUGAUCAACAUCUCUGACGCCAUGACUGAGGUAACUAGGUGGUUUGAGUCCUGGUUUAGAAACCGGGAUUUACUCCAGCACAUUCGAGCAAUCCAGACGGUAUUGGACAAACACCGAACUUUGACUUCAGAUGCUCCGGUUCUACCAAUAUAUUCCUUCCGGACUUCCUUGCAACUUGCAGAAGUGGAUCUGUCUAAUGUAUCAUACAGUGACGUCUUUCUCCGACAACCUCCGAUGCUUGCGCGUCCACCUUCCCCUCUGAAAAUGAAAGGAUGGCUGACCAUCAAACCGUCUUUGGAACAUAAUGAUAGCCUCAAACCUCUCAUUUCAACUCUCCGCUCAUCCCACGACCGGAUAUCCCAGAAAUACGGUGCUGAUCUCGAGGCUAGCCGCAAUGCAUUGCACGACAUACAAAUCAGCCCGGAGCGGGUGGAAUCCCUCCAAGAAGAGCUUUAUCGUGAUCACCAGAUGUACCGAUCUCAUCUCUCUCAUGUGUUAGGGCAAAUCCGACGGGUACUCAAUCCAGACCCUCAGUCCGAGCGAGUACAGGAGGUUAUGCGGGUUGCAGGACUAUGGCCGAAAAGCACCACUCGUUCUUUACUGCACCACCUAUCAUUCUCAUCCCGUUCAACAGUAAACAUAUCCCCCGAAUGGAAGAAUGUCCUCGUUUGCCUCGCCCAGUCCAUACUGCUUUGGCAGCGAUCGGAGAGAUUGGUAAGAUUAGGACCCAAAACCGACGAAUUUCUGAAGGAAUGUUCGAGUUAUCCUGAUCUGCAUGACAUUUCUGACGACUGGCUGCUCGUCCAGAUUGACUCCAACUUUCUUGCGCGCCCUCUUCAAGUUGAUGUUGCGUGUAACAUGAUGUUUCCUCGCUCACAAGGCAAUACCAUCCUUCAACUCAAUAUGGGGGAGGGAAAAUCGUCCGUCAUUGUUCCGCUUAUUGCCGUAUCUCUAGCAGAUGGACAAAAACUAGUGAGAAUCAUCGUGCCAAAGCCCUUAGCAAAUCAAACAUUCCAGUCACUGGUUCAACGCUUGAGCGGCUUAGCGAAUCGGCGAAUAUAUUGCAUGCCGUUUUCCCGUGCUAUCGCAGUGAAGCCGGAUGCUUUUCAAACGAUCUACCAUCAGUGCAUGAAUGUUGGUGGCAUACUGGUUAUGCAGCCUGAACACGUCCUAUCGUUCAAACUCACGGGCAUUGAACGACAGCUCUCAUCGGCUAGGCGCAAGGGAACUCCGACUCCAAAUGCAAUGCUGGAGCUACAGCGAUGGCUGGACGCAAACGUUAGGGACAUUUUGGACGAGAGUGACGAGAUUCUGGCGGUCAAGUGUCAACUUGUGUACGCAGUUGGCACUCAGCAGCCCCUAGGUCCUCAGCCUGUCAGAUGGACUACGGUGCAGCAUGUGUUUUCCAUCCUGCGUAGUAGGGGCGGGCUUCUUAAUCAGCUGGCUUCUCAAGGGGGUCUCGAGCUCGAGCAACGAGACGGAUACUUCCCUCGACUUCGCAUUCUCAGACAUGAAGCCGGCGUCCAAAUUUUGAAAUCUCUUUUACAAGGAAUAAUGCAAGGGGAGUCUCCUGAUCUACCUCCGUUCAGGCUAUUUCAUGGAGGGGCACGACGAGAAGCAGAGGCUUUCAUCGCCCAAAGGGACCCUGGAACACUUCCUGAAUUGCGAAACCACUGUCGCAGUGACAACCAUCUAUGGAGCAUUCUGCUCCUGCUGAAAGGCCUUUUUGCGCAUGGGAUACUUAUGUACGUUCUAAGUGGACGUAGGUGGCGAGUAGACUAUGGGCUUAACCUAACGCGGUCACUUCUCGCCGUGCCCUAUCGUGCAAAGGAUGUGCCUGCACCGAGAGCAGAGUUCAGUCACCCGGACGUCUGCAUCUCGCUCACAUACCUCAGCUACUACUAUGGCGGAUUGUCUUACGAUCAGCUUGAUAUGUGCUUCAAGCAUAUCAGCGAAGUUGAAGACCCUGUAGCGGAAUAUCGCAAGUGGAUUAAGGACAAUUGCUUGGUGCCAGACUUUCUCCGCAAUUACAGUAGUUUCAACCCGGAUGACCGCGAACAAAAGACUCAGCAUCUCUAUCCAGCUUUCGAAAGGAACCCAUCGACGAUUAACUUCUUCCUCUGUCAGGUGGUUUUUCCGAAGGAAGCCAAGACAUUUCCUCAAAAACUUUCCACAUCCGGUUGGGACAUCGCCGAACGAAGGCAACACGUAACGACGGGUUUCAGUGGCACCAAUGACAACCGCUAUCUUCUCCCCACUUCUAUUCAACAGGAUGACAUCCCUGCGCAAUUGGGUACAAAUGCUAAGGUGUUGAAUUUGAUGCUGCAGCCUGAGAACGAUCACUACCAAAGCGUGGCCAGUAGCGAGUUUCUGGACGUCGUCGUCAGGGAAACACCCCAAAUCCGAGUUUUGUUGGAUGUGGGUGCCCAGAUGUUGGAAUUCUCCAAUAAGGAAUUGGCAUCGAUAUGGCUUUCGCAAGUCUUGGCAGCAUGUCUUCAGGAUGUAUGCGAAUGCGCAGGUUGGGUAAGGGACAAUCUGUCCUUUUUCUCGCCCCUCCUGAUGUGGAUCACAAAAUCCGCAAGUUCUCGAAAAAGAUCCAUGGAGAACGAAUCGGUGUGUACGACGUUCUUUCCUGGUCCAUCAGGGAGACAUGUGCCGGCCUACGGCGUUAUAGUUGUGACUGGAGAGAGCAAGGCAUUCAUUACAUCAAUAGGCAAUGCGCAUGGGAAGAAUUUUGGACAUCCUCCAUCCCUCGCACCUUAG